AGCGCCUUAUGAUACUGAUGAUCAUUAAAUUAUUAAGAUUAUUAUUGACAGAAUUUUGUCUUUAGUCGCCUUCAUAUUGCGUUAAAAGAAUUAAAACCGAUACAAUGGCUGACAGGCUUACGCAGUUACAAGAUGCUGUAAAUCAUAUGGGCGAACAUUUCUGUAACAGUACCGGUAUUCUUCAACAGUUCGCCCCGCCGUCUCCAUUUCAAACAUUCGAUAAACAAGGAAGGAAAUCUCCAGUAUCUCCCCCUUCUGAGGACUAUGCAGCAAUGUUUUCCAAACUUAUUGCCAGAACUGCGAAAGAUAUUGAUGUGUUAAUUGAUUCAUUGCCAAGCAUUGAGUCAUCACAAGACCUUCAAUUGAAAAGUUUGCAUGCGCUGGAAGUUGAGAAUCAGGAAUCGGCCGACAGACUGGAAGCCAUAGUGAAGCAGGGUGAGGACUUACUGCUGAAAAUACAGGAAGCCCAGCAUGACAUUGCCCAAGUACAGCUGCAGUGUCAGGCGCUGAUGGGAAACACAACUUGAAAUGAACUAUCACGCUGAAACUAGUGAAGUGUAUCAGUUUAAUGAUACCCCAAACCAUCGAUGUGACUAUUCAGAUCAGAUUAAAGUGAAGCCAUCAUUGAAAUACUACUGUCAGUGAAAUGGACAGAAACUUCUGUUUAAUCAGAGUCUUGCAUAACAUGCAUAAGUUUCCAGUGAUAUGUUUCAUUGGGAUAGUGGUAAAUGUGAUACUGAAUCUUAUGUGUUUUUUUAACAAGGUUGACAGUGACAUGCCGAAACAAAUAUAAUUUCACCAUCUUUUUAUACAUGCAGCUGGCCUACACAUAUAGACUAUCGUAGAUGAAAAUAAGAGGUUUCUUGUUCUGUUUAAGUGCUUCAAUUAACUGGCAUGAUUGUGUAAAAAGGGUCUUUACGUUACAAGCAUCAUAUGUCAUUGGUUUAACAUUUAUUUUAUAAAUCAUUAUAAUGUCAUUUCUUCUUCCAUUUAUCUUAUUUGACUUUUUAAUGAUGAAAAAUAGCAUAUGAUUUAGGCACAGAUAAAAAGCAAUGAACCUAAUGUGUGAUUUUUAGGGGUUUUAUCAUGUGUUUUGGGGGGUUAUUAUCUUAUAUUAUAAUGCAAAUGGGUUUAACAUGAUAAUGCAUUAAAAUUAUAAAAAAAAAAUCUAAAAAAAAUCAUCGACCUACAGGGUGUGUAUACCAUGGUAUGCAAUAGUUUGCUUCGAAUGAUGUCUUAAAACAAAGAUAACUUAUGUUUUUCUUCACCAUUUCUAUGCGGCUUAAAGUGCCCCGUAGUCGUUUUCUUACCGCAGUUUGAUAAGGUGAUUAGUUUUCUCAAACACUUCGACAAACCUGUUUCCAAAAUAAUGUUUUGACAGUGCUCUAUCUGGUGGCAGUUUUGUGAAAAGCUUUGUUGAAUUGUUUUAAAAAAAUAAACUCUCAAUCAAACUCUGGUAAAUGACAGAAUGCGGAGCUCUUUAAGCGGCGUAGACUGUGCUAGUUUUCAUUAUCUAUAUUUGAAGUCUACAUUCAGAGAAAAAUAUGGCCUUCCGACUGAGCACUUAUGAUGUAAAUUAUCAUGUGAUAUACACACACUGACCUAUAAUGCUUUUAGGUCAUAAUUUGAAAUUCUUUUAGUGUCAUUUUUCUGCAAAUUUGUGCAAAGUAAAUGUUAACUAGUAUUAAAACUGAACUUAAUUGUGAGGAAAUCAACAAAUAAUCAACUUUUUACAUUUGUGUCAUUUAUACAGAUAUAUUUAAGAUUAUUGAAUAUCUUUAAGAUCUUUUAUUAGGCUUCUGGCUCAUUUUUUCAAUAAUAUGUCAAAAAACACAAAACAAAAAAUACAGUUUAAUUUAAACUAGUUCUACAAUACAAGUUGUGAACAUAUUUUCAUUAUAGUUUAUUAAAUUUAAUGCAUUUACAAAUAGUCAUUUUAACAAGUGACAUUUUGUGAGAUCAGAAACAGAAACAAAUUAUAAAUAAAUU